UGGCUACAAGGGCCGAAGCGCUGGGAGCAACCCGCACCUCCCAUUGGCCAGUUCAUUUUGCACCGCCGGCUUGAUGCAUUCAACAUGGCAGCUGCGCGCGGCUUGAGGCGGCCGCGGUCGUUUCAGUGGAGGUUGUGGCAGGCCUGGAGAUUUUCACAACAUUCGGCAUCCGGCCUGGGCGCGAGGACUUAUUCCCGGGGCGACGCCUCGUACUCGCGCACGGCGCUCUAUGAGCUGCUCGACGUCCCCACCACGGCCACGCAGGCGCAGAUCAAGGCCGCCUACUACCGGCAGAGCUUCCUCUACCACCCGGACCGCAACUCGGGGAGCGCCGAGGCCACCGAGCGCUUCACGCGCAUCUCCCAGGCCUACGUGGUGCUGGGCAGUGCCACCCUCCGUCGCAAGUAUGACCGCGGUCUGCUCAUUGACGAGGACCUGCGCGGACCUGGCGUCAAGCCCUCCAAGAUGCCCACACGGGACGCCGGCUUUCCCCGUCCCCCGCCGGCCGCCUCUCGGGCCGGAUACGGCGCUCCGGGCGCUAACCGCACCAUGUUCGACUUCGACGCCUUCUACCAGGCGCACUACGGAGAACAGCUGGAGCGGGAACGGCGCCUGAGGGCCCGGCGGGAGGCCCUUCGCAAGCAGCAGGAGGACCGGGCCAACAAAGGCUUGCAGUGGGACCAGAUCCGAGACUCUGCUUUCAUUGUCGUUUUCCUCACAAUCUUUGCUGUCUUCGGCUUUCGUAUUUAAUCGGAGAAAGGAGGGAAGGGGAGCUUCCCCAGCCAGCCCUGAGUAAACGGCCUUUCACGUCUUCUGAACCCUUGGCCUGCGUUUGUCUACCUCUACUGGGGUCUGAAGGAACGCCCUGCCCUCCCCGACCUGCCCAGCUUAGCCUGUGACCUGCACGUCCCUCCCCUACGCUCCACAAAAGGAGACUUUUUGAUGCCUAAGAAAGAGGAGUCCCGAAAGCCCAGGAGUGAAGGGUUUUCUGGAAUCCCUGGGUGCCUGCUUCCAGCGGUUGCCUUCCUGAUGUUGUCGAUUUCUGGAACACUUGCUCUAGCUUUAUUGUAAAGCCCUGAGCAAGAUUUAUCUGCUCCUGCCCCACAUAUGUACCGCAGGGUUCCUGUGUAACCUUGAAACGUGCCAUGUGACCAAUUGUUGGCUGCCAAAAGAAAAAGUCUGGGGUUGUACGAACUUGUCUUUCUGUGAGUUCCCCAGGCCACAGGUGAGACCUGAUCCAGAGUAAAAAUGUGAUCUUUGGAAAAUUUGCCAUUCCUCCCUCCACGGUCAGCCCCACACUGCACUCUUCAUUUUGUUGGUUGCAUUCGGGAGUGGGAAAACAAGGUCAUCAAGCAUAAGGAAUGAGUUCCUGUGCCUAUAUUUAUCUGAUGUGUGACCUUGGAGAUGUUACUCUGUGGACAUGACAGCAGAGUAAAUCUGUCACGCUUUAUUGCCCAUAGUUCUAAUCCAUGGUGAUUACAACAUAAUGUUAGUAGGGCCAGGUAUAUCCUUGGGACAGUGUGCCUGUCACCUGGUCAUCCCUUUACCUGCCAGCCCCAUCCCUAACUGUGCAGCCCAUCCCCUUAGAGUCCCAUGAGUGUGACCCAAGCUCCUCUUUAACUUGCAGUGCUCAUCACAGGCCCCACACAUCCUUGAAAGAAGGCUGCCUGAGGCUGGGGGAAUCCUUGGGGGUUUGGAGUAGACAGGACUACUGAAGGAUAGGAAGCUUGCUGAAGGUGGAGACUUGGUUCCUUAUGCAUAGCUGGCUAAAGGUGUUUGUUUUUUUUGGUUUUUUUAAAAUUUCCAAUUCAUGCAAAAUAGUUGGUCAGAGCUGCAGGAGUAAGGCUGUCUUACCCCCGAGUCACCGGAUGUAGGGAGUGGGUUGGCUGUGAGAUUGUAGUGUUUGUGCACUGGGACUGACCGUUAAGCUGUGGGAGACAAAAACUCUUGCAGAAGGUCCACGGCAAGGAUGAGGGCCUAAGUCUGGGCUCUAAACAAAGCCAGAGCUGGUUUGCUAUAUUACUGAGUGCAGUUGAGUGCAAUUCUUGCUCUCAAAUGUUAAAACUCCUUAUGUAAAUUGGGGUAAACCCUCACCUAGUCCAGCUUGGCCUCCUGAAAACCAUUCAGGUCCCACCUGGAGGCUGGGGGUAAGCUCCCAGUCACCACUUUGCAGUGCCCAUGUGAUUCAAUAGUAAAGAUUUAAGCCCACCCUGGUUCAGACUUGCUUGGCUCAGUGAGCCUUGAUUGGGUGGAGGGAGGACAUGUACUUUUGAAAAAGAACAUUUAAUGUUAUUAUGUUUCACAUUUGGAAAACAAGCUGGGAAGUCUGUUAUUUUUGAAAAACAAACAACAGGAAGUGGAGCAUAGUGAAAUGUACAAGCUAGUGAUUCUAAACCAAUAAAGUGGGACAUAACAGAGUC